ACGGGAGUGGUCGAGAACAAAAGAAUGCCAAAACAGCAGAGGUUUAAUCUUGAGAGUAGAGGAAGCGAAUUGCUUAUAGUGCCGAAGCCCCAGUCUUGAUUGGUGUGUGCAGAAGCAGGACGGAAAUGUUCUUUAGCCGGAUAUUAGAAUGCGGUCUUAUGGUAUUGGUGGCCUAGGCAAACGGACAACGCCGACACGUGCAACCUAGGUUUCGAGGAAGCGAGGGGCGAGGUUAGGACCAUAAAAUGGUGGUCAGUGAGUAGGCGAGUACAACGUGUUGGUGUCACAAAAGGCCGAACUUUAACCAAACGAUACAGUCACCACGUCUCGUGAAGCGAUCUAGAAAGAACGUCAAAGUCACGGAUCUCAAACCACUUGCCGGAAGUAAUGACCAACACCAAACUCAGAGUCUUGUGCCCACAUUGCUCAAGUGUCGUAUUCAACAAUGCGACACCACAAAUUGUAGAACGACCAACAAUUCGCAGUAUACUGCGGAGCAAACACACGACUAUAGAGCAAGAGGGCACUCAACAACAGACUGGCGAAUUGGACACUAACGACACUGAUGAAACCCUUUCUAUCCCCGUUGCUACGGAACAGUACUACAGCAUUAGAGACCCCUUUGACUUUGACAACGUCAGCGUUUCAAAGGCUCUUCCCAGCAAUAUUAAGCUUCUGGCUUGUGCCGACUGCGACAAAGGUCCCCUAGGCUACUUCGAUAUCAGUGCGAAGGAGUACCUAAUGUUGCGUACUAUCCCAACACCCCCGUCGUCAAAACAGCACUAACAAGUCGUACACGACAAAAUAAAAAGUCCAAAAAAAUAAGACCAAAAAAGUAUUAAACUACAUUAGCAGCUGCAUACACCGCAAUUAGGAGUACGUCAACCACACAACCAAAAAGAGAAAGGCAAACAAACUACGAACAUGGUGUGAGAUAACAAAAAGAUAGGUUUAAGAAAAAGGUGAAAAUACACAACGUCUGACUGUAAGCAUUACAAGUAGCAGACGGAGUGAUGAGAACACAGCAACCACGACGCACAACCUCAUAUAGUUCCUACCCGCUCACACGAACGCUUGUGUAAGGUGCGGGAUGCAACGUUAAAGGAAGUGCAUUGACGUUUCAAAAGAACACUACUACCUCUCAGGCACGUAGAGCUCAAAUCUAGUACGCCAAUUGCGUGUUUGGUUGCGGUUAAGUUGUUUGAGCACGUUCGCUGUUUAUAUAAGUACCUUUCUGUCAGUGAUGUAAUAAUUAUGUCAUUAAGGGAUGCAAAAGUCGAC